AUGCUGAGAUUCUUGCGCUGGGAAGUCAUGUUUGAGGAAGUCUUUGAGCAGUGGACACGCCUACGGUCGUUCUUAUUCGAAUCAGGCGAUUCCACAGCGGCAUCCGUCCAUGACGUUAGCGCAGGCGGCCGUAGUGGGAGUAACUGGAAAAGUGACAUCCUCCGCAUUCUCGGGCUCGGAAAUAAUGUGAAGGCCGUCAAGACGCCCCGAAUUUCCACGACGACUUAUCCUGCCAAUGAUGGGGCGGAUGCGGAGGAGUUAGACAGGAAGAACUACCACGGUAGCGGUCGCGGUAACCGCAACCCAAAACCUUAA